AUGGCGAACAAGGCUGCUGUUCCGUUCCUGGUGACGAUGAUGCUCGUCACUGGGGUGUGCAACACCAUCCUCAACAAAUACCAGGACAUGCAAUGUGUAUGGAAUUGCGAUUCGCCCUCUCCCAAAUACCGUCGCACCUUUGAGCAACCUGUCAUCCAAACUAUCCAGAUGUUCACCGGAGAAAUGGGAUGCUGGCUGGUGAUCCUCAUGACCCAUCUGUAUCAACGGUAUAUUGCCCCGCGCUUGUCCAACAACUCUUCGCCUCUUCUGGCUGGUGGCUAUCACCCUGUCAAUAACACUGAAGGACUCGACGAGGAGGAAGAUUAUACAAUCAGAGGACCAGAAGCUUCAAAUGAUGUCACGAAGCCCGCCACUUUAGCAGACGGUCGCAUUCACCUUCGUGGAUACAAGAUCUUUCUUCUUGCUGCACCAGCAUGCUGCGACAUUGCGGGCACAACUCUGAUGAACGUCGGGUUGCUCUUCGUCGCUGCCAGUGUCUACCAGAUGACUCGCGGCGCCCUCGUUUUAUUCGUCGGCCUCUUUAGUGUUCUUUUUCUCCACCGCAAACUUCAUCUCUAUCAUUGGCUGGCGCUGUUCAUUGUGGUCCUAGGUGUUGCUCUGGUCGGUCUUGCAGGUGCCCUCUUCGCGGACAACCAAGGACACGACGUCACCCAAGGAACUGUCGUUGGGGUGCUGCUUAUAGCUGCAGCCCAGAUCUUCACUGCGUCCCAAUUCGUCCUGGAAGAGUGGAUCUUGGAAAACUAUGAAAUGGACCCCCUCCAGGUUGUUGGCUGGGAAGGUAUUUUCGGGUUCUCUGUCACCGUCAUCGGCUCGAUCAUCUUGUACUUGACCAUUGGACGCACCGAGGCCGGCCGCUACGGCUACUUCGAUGCAAAGGAAGGAUGGAGCCAGGUCUUCAACAACCGAGCAAUUGCCAUGUCCAGUUUCUUGAUUAUGAUUAGCAUUGGCGGAUUCAACUUCUUCGGUCUCUCCGUCACCCGCACCGUAUCCGCUACUUCCCGCAGCACAAUCGACACCUGCCGGACCCUUUUCAUCUGGCUCGUCUCCCUCGCUCUGGGCUGGGAGACUUUCAAAUGGCUACAAGUCGUCGGCUUCGCGCUCCUCGUUUACGGAACUUUCCUCUUUAACGACAUUGUCCGCCCGCCGCUCAAAGCCUGCCUUCCUAGUUCUCGCCGCGACCGAGAAAUUCUCCUCCCUGAAGAGCCGAUCGAGCAUAUGUAA